UUCAAAAUAAAAGCGGCCGGCCGAAUCUUUCUUUUCUGUUCACCGCCUGUCGCCUCAUUCGAGCCUCGCUUGGCAGCCGAACGGCCCAACCGCAGGGGAGCCAGCCAGGGCUUCUGCCUGCCGCUCGCCUAGAGCUGCGCGCCGAGCAGCUCAAGCAGCCGAGCGGGCGGGGCGGAGGGCCUGCGAGGCGGCGGCAGCGGCGGCGGCGGCCGGGAGAGCGCGCGCCGGGCGCAAGCCGCGGCGAGUGCAAAUAGCAGCAUCUUCAAGAGGAGAUACGAUUGGCAGCAGCGGCAGCAGCGAGCUGCCUUCUCAGACGCUGGGGUCGGGAAUCGGUGGCGGUGGAAUUUUCAGCAAGAUGUUCAAGGUAGCCGCUUUGGCGUGCGUGUGGGCAGCCGCUUGGUGCAAUCAAGCCGUGGCGGCGGCGGCGGCGGCGGCGGCGGCAGUACCGAUAGCUGCAGCGGCGACGGCAGCCGGAGCCAGGUCAGACAGUGGGAAUUUCCUGGACGAUAAGCAAUGGCUUACCACUAUCUCCCAAUACGACAAGGAGGUUGGACAGUGGAACAAAUUCCGAGACGAAGUUGAGGAUGAUUAUUUUCGUACAUGGAGUCCGCUUACAUCCUUUGAUCAAGCUCUAGACCCAGCUAAAGAUCCAUGCUUAAAGAUGAAAUGUACUCGUCAUAAGGUAUGCAUUGCACAAGAUCAACAAACAGCUGUUUGCAUUAGCCACCGGAGACUGACACACAGUAUGAAAGAAGCUGGUUUAAGCCAUAAACAAUGGAGAAUUGGUUCCCUUUCAUCAAAAUGCAAGCUGUGUCCUAUUAUUUAUACCAAUCCAGUUUGUGGAUCCGAUGGUCACACAUAUUCUUCUCAGUGCAAACUAGAUUAUCAAGCCUGUGCCUCAGGAAAACAUAUCUCAGCUAAAUGUGAAGGACGCUGUCCUUGCCUUUCAGAAAAGUCCACAAGUGCAGGCAGAAGUGAUAAGAGAGCAUGUGGUGACUUGGAGUUCAGAGAAGUUGCAAGUCGAUUGCGAGACUGGUUCAAGGCCCUUCACGAGAGUGGAGUUCAGAAGAGAGCUAGACUUUUGCAAAGGCCUGAAAGAAGCAGAUUUGAUACCAGCAUUUUACCAAUUUGCAAGGACUCUCUUGGCUGGAUGUUUAACAGACUUGACACAAACUAUGACCUACUUUUGGACCAAUCAGAACUUGGAAGUAUAUAUCUUGACAAGAAUGAGCAGUGCACCAAGGCAUUCUUCAAUUCUUGUGACACUUACAAGGACAGUUUAAUAUCAAACAAUGAAUGGUGCUACUGUUUCCAAAGGCAGCAAGAUCCACCUUGUCAGUCAUUGCUUAGCAACAUUCACAAACAGCAAGGGAGAAAGAAAUUUCUAGGGCAGUAUAUUCCUUUAUGUGAUGAAGAUGGCUACUAUAAACCAACUCAGUGUCAUGGAACUGCGGGCCAAUGCUGGUGUGUUGACAGAUAUGGCAAUGAGGUAACAGGAUCCCGAACACAUGGUGCUGCAGAUUGUGAUUUAGAGACAUCAGGGGAUUUUGCCAGUGGUGACUUCCAUGAAUGGACCGAUGAUGAGGAUGAUGAUAUCAUGAAUGAUGAAGAUGAAAUAGAAGAUGAUGAUGAAGAUGAGGGUGAUGAUGAUGAUGAUGACCAUGAGGGAUAUAUUUGAUUUUCUUAGUUGUGACUAAUUUGUCUCUAAAAUUUACAAGAUGCUACCCCAGAAAAUUCUUCUAUCUUCAAAGGUCAAAUGGAAUCAAAUCUACAUGUAUAUUUUGUAUGAUUAUUUGAAACACUGCAGCUGGACAUUCUUCGUUUAAAUGAAAAUCAUUAUAUUAUGUGUUGUUUUUAUAUACCACUCAGCAGAAGAAAAUGCACUGGAGUGUAGCCUCAAGGAAAAAAACAACAGAUGCUUGAGAUUUGUGAGGUAGUAAACAACAAGCAAACAGUCCUAGAUAACUUUAAGGACAACUGCUGUUUGAGAAUCCAUACGUAAAGGCACACUUCCAGCAGACCCGUGCUCCAUUAUAAAGCAGCUUAAUCAUGAUGUAGAUCACAGGGACAUUUUUCAGAAUGUGCAUGAGCAAGAGAAGGAAAUUUUAGUCAAGACUAUAUAAUGUCAUCAGCUUACUAUAUAUUAGAGCAGCAGAGAAACUAUAAGAGGACAUAAAGUGCCAGAUACUCUUUUUCUGUUUUGAACUGUUACGUUUUCAACUUCCAAAUUACUAGGAUCUUGAAAUGAUACACAUUCAUGCUCUAAAGCAGAGGUGGGGAACUAUGGCCCCUUUAUGACUUGUGGACUUCAAUUCCCAGAAUUCCUGAGCCAGCAUGGCUGGCUCAGGAAUUCUGGGAGUUGAAAUCCACAAGUCAUAAAAGGACUAUGGUUGCCAACUCCUGCUCUAAAGUCUGACUCCUAGUGACUAUAUGGACAGACCCAUGUUGUUUGGGGGAAACAAAAUGGAAAUGGUCUGCCACAGACUUCCAGGAACUUUUUGAUUUUCGAAUCUAAUACUGCUAUAGUAUUCCCCCAUUCAACAAUUAACCAAAAAUAACCUCCUUUCAAAAAUUAAUCUGUUUAGCCUUUCUGCGCUAUAAAUUCCGUUGAUUCCCAACAAGCAGACCGAGGAAUUUUAUUUUGUACUUUUCUCCUGUCCAUAUCAAAAUCAUAUAAAGCUUGUUAAGCAUGAACUUAGCUUGACAAUUUUAUAUUUAUUUCUGAAACUUUCCUAUCAUAAAAUCAAUUUCAGAUGAUUUGUGAGUAAAACCUUCCAUAAAGUUUGUGUUUCUGUGAUACUGUAACUGAUAAUGAUGACCACAUGUCUGGAUAAUUGUUUUUUGAACAAUGUUUUUUUUUCAUUUUUAAAUGAUCCUAAACAUUUCCAUUUUAUCCCUUUUUGCUACUAGUUCAAAACCUUAGAGGAGCUAUUGUAAGGUGCCUUGAAAAAUAGUAAUAGAAAGAUUUAUAGCAUGCAUACUGAAAUAAAAUUAUGAGGCAGUAGCCAAGCACUUCCGAAUUCCAAAUUUUAUAUCACUGUUAAGUGCUGCUGCUGUUACGGAAAAUCUUUUUCUCCUCUGCCCCAAUUUUUACAUAAUUACCAUAUAGAAUGCAUAUAAUUCUUAAGUAGAGUUGCAUUCACAAAUUGACUAUAGACAAAAUUAUUUUAAUCACUUUAUUUAUGUUAGCAUGUUAAUUGUGUAAACGUUUUGAGAUUCCACUACCUGCAUUCAUAUCAAAUUGUGGCUUCAUGCCAUAAUGAAAUUGAAAAACUCUGUGUAAUUAUGCAAGCAGUUGUUUAAUUUCAACUCUGCAUUAUCGCUUUUCCUAAUUUUUAAUCUGCAAUUAAUUGAAAUAAAGUUUCUUUGCAUUUGAUUAAAUAGAUUUAAUAUUAAAUUUAAUGAUUAUCUUAUGUAACAUUAAAAUACUGUUUUUCUUUUUAUGUUCAUGUAUAGUUUACAAAAUAAAGACUCU